AUGGUGCAGAAAAGGCAGCGGGCAGAGGGAGAGCCGAGCAAGCGCAAGUCGCCUCGCUUCGCGGCUGCGGAGAACCCUGUGAAAGAGGAUAGAGAAGAUCCGGCGGCCUCGGCUGAGAAGCACAAGGAUUCUACGGCUGGCGAUGAGGCGAACCCGAAAGAUCUUUACGCGGUAAGGUUUUUAACCGAGGAAUUUCCUUCAAUUCGUUUUCACCUCAUCUCUUCGCUUCCACUUAGUACGUUUGACAUCGAAUCGCAGGUGCUCGGAGUGAAUCGCGACGCGACGCACGCGGAGAUUCGCAAGGCGUACCACCGCAUGGCGCUUCGGCUGCAUCCCGACAAGAACCCUGGCGAUGCGACGGCCAAGGAACGCUUUCAGGCGCUGCAGCGGGUGUUUGCGGUUUUGGGGGACGCUGAGAGGCGAAAGAUAUACGACGAGACUGGUUGCACUGGCGAUGAGGACGGCGAGGACGGCACUGGACUCUCGGGCAACACGGUUGCAGACCUUUUCAAGUUCUUCCGGACGAUGUAUAGAGAGAUCACAGUGGCUGACAUUGUGGCAUUUGAGAAACAGUACAGGGGAUCGGAGCAGGAGGCCAAGGAGCUGAAGGAGUUGUAUGAACGAUUCAAAGGGCGGAUGGACAUGGUGCUGGAAUGUCAGGUCUGUGCACGGCCGGAGAUCGAUUCUCAUCGCUUCAAGGAUAUACUCGAUGCUGCUAUCGAAUCAGGCGAGGUGAAGGUUACUAAGGCGUACAAGAAAUGGGCUGCGGAAGCUGCCAAGAAACCUGCUCCUGCCGACCCUCUUGCUGCGGACAGCGAAUACGAGAGCAAUCAGGGCCUGAUGGCCGUCAUUCUCAACCGGCAAUCAGCAAGGGCUCAAGCUGCUGAUAACCUGUUUGAGUCUCUGGCAGCAAAGCAUGCACAAGCAUAUGCACAAUCCAUGGCUAGUUCCUGUAGACACAUCUAA